UAGAAUGGUGUAUUAAACCGAAAUUGCCUGAAUUGCAGCUUUCCAUGCUUUGACAAGAAGUCCUCGUCGACUAGUUUGCCCUGCCACGUAGACAUACACUUGCUGCACAACACGCCAACAUGCAACUGUCAACAUACCACCAGUCAGUGCUAAAUGCGCUGCUGGAAAGCGGUGCUUGUAGCGCGCAGCAGGUCGCAGAAGUGGAGGUGCUCCUGAGAGGCCUCACAGGAGAAUGCGCAGCUGAUGGACCAGAGAUCUGGCGCCACAUCACCUCCCGCAUCCUGCUGCCCUCCCACGACUUUGCCGUACACCAGCGUCUAGCCGCAGCGGUGUACGACAACUGGCCCGUUGCGGCGCUGGGCCGGCCGCCGCUGUGGCUGCCGCACCCCGCGGAGGCCUCCGAAACCAAUGUGGCCCGAUUCCUUGAGAGCAUUCGGCACGAACCCUGGUGGCGUGGCGCAUGCGCCCGACACGGCGUCACCGACCCCCUCUGCCCGGGGCCUCCCAACCCCAACCCCUCCACCACCCCCACCCUCAGCCCCGCUCCCACUCCCAUGUCGGGGUGGCUGUGCGGGUGGCGGGUGCUGCAGGCCGCCUCCUGGGAGGACCCGGAGGCCUUCUGGCCCGCGGCGCUGCGGACCCUGGGGGUGGCCUUCAGCAGGCCGCCGGCCAGGGCCCUGCAGUUGCACCCCGCCGACCCCGACCGCUGCACCUGGCUGCCGGGCUGCCGCCUCAACAUCGCCGCCGCCGCCCUCACCUGCCCCCGCGCGCCCCCCGGCUGCCCCGCACUGCUGUGGGCGCCGGACGGGCGGCCGGGGCAGCUGGUGGCGGUGGGGCGGGGCGAGCUGGCGGGGCGGGCGGCACACAUCGCGGCGUGCAUCAGGAGGCGAUUUGAACCGGGCUCCCCCCUGGCCCUCUACCUGCCGCUCUCGCCCGCCUCCGCCGCCCUCUACCUGGGCUGUGUGCUGGCGGGCUGCUGUGUGGUGUCGGUGGCGGACUCCUUCAGCGCGGGGGAGCUGCGCACGCGACUGGCGCUGGCGGGCGCGGUGGGCGUGUUCACACAGGAUGUGGUGUUGCGGGGCGGCCGGGCGCACCCGCUGUACGAAAAGGUGGUGGAGGGCUGCGGGGGCAGUGCAGGAGGCAGCGGGGGAGCGGCGGCACCCAGCGUGGUUGCCAUCGUGAUGCCGGCAGCGGAGGAGGAAGGCCUGUCCCCCUCCGCUCCCCCGCUGCGCCCCGGCGACAUGUCCUGGGCCGACUUCUUGGCCCUCACCGACCCACGGGACACUGCCGCCUCCGACUCCCUGCAGCACCCCUUCCUGCCGGAGGACCCCUCAGCGACGGUCACCAACAUCCUCUUCUCCUCCGGAACCACGGGCGAGCCCAAGGCCAUUCCCUGGAGCCACCUCACCCCGCUGCGCUGCGCGCUGGACGCCUGGGCGCAGCUGGACGUGCGGCCGGGCACCGUGGUGGGCUGGCCCUCCUCGCUGGGCUGGAUGAUGGGGCCCUGGCUGCUGUACGCGGCGCUGCUGAACGGCGGCACCGCCGCGAUAUACGGGGGUGCACCCCUGGGCCCCGACUUCCUGCGGUUCGUGUCGUCAGCCCGGGUGCAGGUGCUGGGCCUGGUGCCCUCAAUCGUACGGGCGUGGAGGCACGGCAGGGCGUUCGAGAGGGCGGCGGCGGAGGCGGCGGGAGGGGCUGGCGGCGGGGCGGUGUUGGAUCUGUCGUGUGUGCGACUGUUCGGGAGCACGGGGGAGGCUUCGGCGGCGGAGGACUACGCGUGGCUCAUGUCGCGCAUCCGAGGGUACCGGCCCGUCAUCGAGUAUUGCGGUGGCACCGAGAUAGGCGGCGGCUUCCUGAGCGGCACGCUGCUGCACCCCUGCGCGCCCUCCACCUUCUCCACACCCACCCUGGGGGCGCGGCUGCUGCUGCUGGCGGGGGAGGCGGAGGCGGAGGCGGGGAGCACAGCAAUCCUAUGGGACGGUGCGCCCGCCACCCCCUCCGCCGCCGCUGCCGCCGCCCGCUCCGGCAUGUUGUCGGGUGAGGUGGCGCUGGCUGCUCCCAUGCUGGGCAUGUCGCAGCGGCUGCUAAACAGGGACCAUUACAAGGUCUACUACGCCGGCAUGCCCCUGUACCGUACCCUCCCCGGAGCCGGUCUCUCUCCCUCCUCCUCCUCCCCCCCUCCCUCCUCCUCCUGCUCGCCCACCUGCCCUCCACCUGCUCUGCCGCUGCGGCGCCACGGGGACGAGGUGGCGGUGCUGCGGGCGCUGGGCCCGGGGCCACGCGCCUGGUCGUACUGCGCGCUGGGUCGCUGUGAUGACACCAUGAACCUGGGAGGAAUCAAGGUCUCCUCUGUUGAGUUAGAGCGGGCGGUGGUGGCGGGUGUGCCGGUGGUGGCGGAGGCGGCCGCGGUGGGGGUGGCUCCACCUCAGGGCGGCCCCGAGCAGCUGCACCUCUUCCUGGUGCUCAAGCAGGGAGCUCAGCAGCAGGGGGCAGGCGGCAGCAGCAGCAGCGGCAGCGGCCCCAGCGCCGCACCCGGCGCCUCCGAGGCUGAGGUGGCGGAGCUGCAGCGGCGGUGCCAGCAGGCGGUGCGGGACCAGUUGAACCCGCUGUUCAAGGUAUCCCGUGUGGCGGUGGUGGCCUCGCUGCCCCGCAACGCCUCCAAUAAGGUGAUGCGGCGGCUGCUGCGGGAGGGGCUGCCGGGCAGGGCCAGGAUGUGAGAGGUCUUGGUGGAGCAGAGGUGCUUGAUGCGGAGGGGGCGCAUGAGGGUAUUGGGUUGGGAAUGGGGUUGGAAUACCGGUACAGGUAGAGUCAUGAGGGAGGAGGCGCCCAGAAGGUGGAAUGUAUGUUGUUAAAAAAUGUGUGUUUGCUGGAAGCCGAAGACGGGAAGCUGUGUUGUCGCUGGGUGUUGUUGCCGGUGCUACGAGGGCGAUGUAUGGUAUGAGGCAGUUUUGUAGGUUCGCUUGCAUGGAAAGUACGGCCGUAAACGUCAUGCCGUUGUGUCGGUUGCAGGAGUCUAAGUCUAAGAAUGACAAUUCGAAUACAUACUCUGAUCCCAAGCAAGGAGUAUAGAGUGCACGUUGGUUGCAUUGGUUGUGGCGCACUACUUGCACCGUAUACGUGAUUCGUUGGUCCUUGCGCAGUUGGCCGGGGUGCAUACGCCUCCCUACACAACACGACAUGCACAUGCAGCGUUUGUAGUUGACGUGUACAGCUAUGUUAGGCAUCAAGUGCGCAGUAGAUUGGACAAGGACUGCCGCCUCCUGCCAUUCGUGCUAUUUCUGUAACAAGUCCACAGUUAUACGGAAUAUUCA